AUGGAAAGAAAUUUAUUGCAGACUAAAGAGGCUGGAAAUAAAGCAAAACCAGUGUCAAUUGAAGUUUGGAACCCAAAAGGGGAAUACAAAGUUGUUAGCACUAAGCUUAUACCUGGAACUCUAGACAACCUUUUAAUCGAACAAGAUUGCCACAUUGAAAUAUGAACUGAGAAAAGAACAAUUUUGUCUGUUGAGGAUAUCAUUACUUUGAUUGGCCAUAAGUGCGAUAGGGUGAUUGGAUGGUUAACUGAAGAUUGGGGGGAGAUUUUGUUUGCUGCAUUAAGCAAAAUAGAAGGCACAGCUUUUAGUAACAUGGCUGUUGGUUACAACAAUGUUGAUGUCAAUACUGCCAACAAGUAUGGUAUUGCUGUUGGUAACACUCUUGGGGUACUCACAAAAACAGCAGCAGAACCAGCAGCUUCUCUAUCUUUAGCAGUCGCUAUAAGAAUUAUUGAAAUAGAUCAGUUCAUGAUGGUAGGCUUAUAUGAUGGAUGGCUCCCUCAUCCGUAUUUUGUGGAAAACUUGCUUAAAGGACAGAUAGUUGGUGUAAUUGGGGCUAGUCAUAUUAGAUCUGCCUACGCCAAAUGA